UAACCCAGUCUUUCAAUAUGGCGACUACCAUGAACAAGGCUGUCCUUGGAUUGAGAGCGACAGGAAUAUUUCAAGGAAGAUCUAAUAAGUGUCUGACAUGGAGCAUUGCUCAAAGAAGUGCUUCAUGGACAAAGUUUUUCAGGGGCUCAAAGUCAAAAGAUGAUGAUGAGGACAAGGAGGUGUUGGAGGUGAAGCCUAGGAAGGUCUCAUUGGCCGAUGGGCCUACUACUGCAGCCAGAUUGGGUUCUCUGGAAAAAAAAAUUGGUGUGGUUUCAGUGCGUGGUUACAGUCCACCCCAAGAAGUGGAGGGGAAAAUCCUGUCUACAGCGAAGAGCCUAGUUGGUUCAGAUGUUUCCACAGACUUCAGACUCGAUGACAGGAUGCUCAGGUUUAAACUGCUGACAUCACUGAUGCAAGAAUUUGACCACUCCAUCCCCAACACGGAGCUGACUGCCAUGAGCACCCUGUCAGACGUCAUCACCUUCUUCUCUACCCCGGUGCGGGAUCGGUCAUCAUAUGAGGAUAUGUCCACUCUCAACCUGCCUAAAAACCUUCACAUUCAGCUAGAGCCUCUCAGAUUCAGCGCCGAUAGCGAUACUUUCUUUGAUGGCAAAACUGCUUUCCCGGACCGUCCGACAGUCGUGAGUAGCCUGAAGUACAGUCGCAAGUUUAAGGGCAAUGAAGGAGAGUCUCGGAACCAGCCCAGUCUAACAAAUUUUGAGAAGGAAAAAAUGUUGCAGGAGGAUAGAGAGAUAAGGAGGAGGGAUAUUCUUCCGUCUGAAGGGAGAAAAAGAAGGCCGAAUACACAUCGGCAGAUUGAGACGGAAGUGCCGUUUAUUUAGGAUUUUUUUGUUGUUGAUUUGUAUUUUAGAUGGCCUCGUGUGAUAUGUUUCAUCUGCUGAGUACCUGGUGUGGAAGUGAGGAUUUUUUUAAGAAAUGUGUUUUUUUUAAACUAUGUACCGAGUUAGAAGGACAGUUUUGUCUGUGAAUGUUGAAAAUGUAAGUGGGUGUGAACAAAUGAAAGAAUAAAUACGUAGUACAUUU